GCAGUGUCCGGCUUCGAGCAAUUCCCCAAUCUCACCGCCCCAAUCCUCGCCGCUUCUCCAAUUCUCCGUCCAUAAAUACAAAACCCCUUAUCUAAACCCGACGUCCCUUCUCCUUAUGCCGGCGCCGUUUUCUCUAUCUCUCCCAAGGCUCCAACCCGGAAAAGGAAGAUAACACCCCCAAAAAAAAAAAAAAAGAAAAAGGUCCAGGUGUUUCUCUUUCAAUUAGCCCUUCUACCUACUUGUCAAGUAAUCUAUUAGUACAAGACGUAAUCUUCGGGUCUGGUCUGGUCAGAGCGUUACCCGGGGUGUGCUUUUGAACUGAGCUCAAGCUCUACCUCGGUUGCCGCCAAUAAAACCCUAGAAAACUGUCCAUACGUAUAUUUCUGAUCUAUUUUACCUUUUACCUCCUCAAAUUUUUUGAAUUUCUUAACUCAACAAGUCCUGUGGAAGAAUCUAGGGUUUUUCUAGGAAUGGUUUCAAUUUUGAUUUCUCCUCCUUUGUCAGCAAAAUGGAUGGAAUUUUGGGAAAUAUAGUUUGGAUGAAGUGAUAUGAAGUGGCGGUGCCGAAUAUGAGCGAUGGAGGUGGGGAGAAUGUAAAAGAGGGGGAAAAUAAUUUGAAUCAUCUCCAUAGCAAGAAGAGUAGGUCACGAGCUGACGACUUUGGCCUUUCCAUUGCUAAAGUUGCUGUGGCUCAGAUAUGCGAGGCUGCAGGGUUCCAGGGCUUCCAGCGCACCACUCUGGACACCCUGUCUGAUGUGGCUGUUCGGCACAUUCUAGAGAUCGGGAAGACUGGGAAUAUGUUUGCAAAUUUAGCGGGUAGGAGUCAGUCUAAUGUGUUUGAUAUAAUUCAAGGGCUGGAAGAUUUGGGUUCAAUACAGGGGUUUUCGGGUGCUUCCGAUGUUCAUCAUUGUCUUUUGGGUUCAGGGACUGUGCGGGAGAUGGUGCGGUAUGUUGGAGAGGCUGAGGAGAUCCCAUUUGCUUAUUCACUUCCUGGAUUUCCUGUUUUAAAAGAACGGGAGCCUGGCAGGACUUUUGAGCAGACUGGAGGGAGCCCACCUGCUGAGCAUAUACCACCUUGGUUACCUGUAUUUCCAGACCCUGAGACCUAUGUCAACCUGCAUAAAAUAGAUGAGAAAAUGGCACAGAUUUGGGAGGACGAAGUCGGGGGGCCUGUUGAAAAGAGAAGAGAGUUGGAUAAAACUUUUGCAAAUUUGCAGCAGCGAAUGGCUUGCAACGGGACUCAGCCAUCCGUAGAGGUUGAUUUUGGGAAUGAAGCUAAGGAAAAGGGAUUGGUGGAACGUAAUCCAUUUCUUACUCCACCUCUGCAGCAUGGGGAGAAGGAGGUGUCUUUAGUUCUUCCUCCUGCUAAACUCUCGGACGAAGUCUUCCUGCAGAGUGCUAACCUUGAAGUUCCGGUUAGUCACAUUUCUGCAAUGGAGACAUUUGCACCUGGCAUUGAGGCGGUUAAGAGUGGAACAUUUGAUUUCGAAGAUGGGAGGAAAAAGGUUCCUUUGAACGGGAGACCAAAUGUGCGAUUUAAGCUUGGAGGUGGCAAAAGGUGCUUGCGUGUGGCUAUAAGCUCUCAGAACCAGGGAAUUGAUAAAAAUUCCACUUGGUUUGGGAAUGACGAUGGGAUGGAUGACAAGAAAAGGCGGGUGGAACAAAUUCUGAAGCCGUCAUACGAAUCUGCAGGAACUGACUCACUUGUAAAUUAGGUGUGUUCAUAUUUGAACUUGUACACUUCUUCAGGGAACUGGCAAUACAUGCUGGUUCCAGGUUAGUUAGAAUGAAUGUAUUAGAGUUGUCUGUAUACAGGACUGUUAGAGACCGAUGUUCCCACAUAUAACAAGUUCUUGGGGCAAGUCAUUCUCGGUUGUCCUCGUGAACGUCUAUCGAUGAUAAUUCUUCGCAGUUGAUAUAAUGUUUCUACGUUUGUUGUUCUGUGCUUUUUUGUAUUUAUGACCUGAUAAUAACAAAGCUAAUUGUUACUGUUUAA